AUGAUCACGUGAUCUUCCGGAAAAAGCCGCGAAACCCACACAUGCUAUUUGUCUGAAGUUUAUCGCAUUUCAAGAAACCUGAACAUUAUGGGAGUCUAUUUAUCCUCGCCAGUUACGGAGAAAUUCUCCAGUGACAAGGAAUGUCCAAAGUUUACAUAUGGCGUUUCGUCUAUGCAAGGAUGGAGGAUGUCACAGGAGGAUGCCCAUAACUGCAUCAGUGACUUUGAUCCUGACACCAACACAUCUCUUUUUGCAGUCUAUGAUGGACAUGGAGGUGCAGAGGUUGCCCAGUAUACUGCAGCACAUCUUCCAGAUUUCUUAAAGGCGCUACCAAUUUACAAAGAUGGAAAAUUAGCUGAGGCCCUCCAGGAGGCCUUUCUCGGCUUUGAUCAAGUCCUUACUCAAGAAUCUGUCAUUCAGGAACUAAAGACUUUAGCAGGGGUUGAUGAUGAUGAAAACGAAGAAGUUGAAGAUGAUGAAGGUAUGGGUAGAUCUGAACGUGACAUAUUAGUAGCUGAGGCCAACAUGCCAAUUGAAGAGCUUAUGGCUAAAUAUUCAGCGAAGGAGCCGCCCCCAGCAGCUCGCCUUAAAAAACAGCCAAAAGAGCAAUUUAAGUCUCCAAUGAUCAGAGCCAAGAAGACCUCUAAAACUGCAGCAGCAGCAGAUAACAGUGAUGCUAAGAACAAUAAUGCUACCAGUACAUCAGCUGAUCCUAUAGCAGCAAGGUUAGAUACCAAGUUAGAGAAUGGACAGACGCCUGAUAAUGACAAUAAUCUCAAUGUAGAAAAAGAAUUACGUGAAGCAGAGACUCAUGGUGCUACCACUGAACCUGACAGCACUGGUGAUGUAAAAACUGAAAAUAAAAACAGUUCUAGUAGUUCUGCAAAAGUUAAACCAAUAAAAAAUGGCGAAAAUAGCCAUGAAGCUGCUCAAGGUGAUAUGUUACAAAAUGAUGCUUGUGUUAAAUCAGAAGAACCAGACAGUACUUCUGAUAAAGGCAGUGAGGUUGACAAAAAACCUGGAGAUUCAACAACAGCAGCAACAGAUGUUAUUGAAUCGUCACAAUUUUCUAGCUCUAGGGAAACACCCUCUGGCUCUGGAGGGGGUUCCUCAGGAUCCAAUGAAAGUCAGUCUGGGAUGGAAGAUGGUCCCUCUAGUGCUGGUGGGUCAAGUGACUCUAGUUCUGCAUGUAGUUCUUCCUCAGGAUCUGGAGCGGGAUCCUCUGGUUCUGGUACAGGAUCCUCGGAUGCUGGAUGUAGUAGUUCAGGACCUUCAGGAUCAGGUGUUCAGGCUAGCGGUUCCAGAAUGUCCGGUAAUAAAAAGGUUGGAUUUGAGAUUGGCAGUGACAGCGAUGAUGACUCUAGUGAUGAUGAUGAAGAUGAUGAUGAAUAUGUAGAUGACAGUGAUGAAGAUGACGAGGAUGAGGAUGAUGAAGAUGAUGAAGAGCUGGAAGGAGGUAUAUUUGGUAUGUCAAGGGUCAGUGCAGGGGAAGAUGAGGAACACGCAGAAGAGCCUGGUACAGACAGUGGAUGUACAGCUGUAUUGGCUCUAUUGAGAGAUGAUAAAGUGUAUGUAGCCAAUGCUGGGGAUUCUAGAUGUGUGAUGUGCCAGGCAGGGAAAGCUGUAGAACUCUCGUUUGACCACAAACCGGAAGACGAUAGUGAAAGAACAAGAAUAGAGGCAGCAGGCGGGAGAGUCACUAAUGAUGGCAGAGUAAAUGGAGGCCUUAAUUUGUCAAGAGCUCUUGGUGACCACUGGUACAAGAGAAAUGAGGCAAAAGAAGCAAGGGAACAGAUGAUCUCAGCCUUACCGGAUGUAGAAUGUGCUACCCUCACACCUGAGGAUGAAUUUCUUAUAAUAGCCUGUGAUGGAAUUUGGAAUUUCCUGACUAGUCAAGAAACAGUAGAUUUUGUCAGAGAAAGGUUGAAAGAUUCAGUUAGACGUGACAAACCAUCUCUUAUAUGCGAGGAGCUGUUUGACUUUUGUCUAGCUCCAAACACAAUGGGAGAUGGUACUGGUUGUGACAACAUGACCUGUAUAAUUAUUGUGUUUAAUAAAUCUUUGCAAAACUUAAAAAGGGACAGUGACAAUCUAGAUGUAUCAACAUCAGAGGAUACACAUCCAGAGAAACGUCCCCGACUAGAAGAUCAAGAGUCUGUGUCAACAGAUACAUGAUAAUGCUACAAUAGAAUUGACUAUGCAUUUAGUGAUCAUAUUAUUUUUAUCUGUUAACAGGGAUGUGUUUAGUUUAUUACUGGUGUCCAUGGUAUUGAAAGGAAAGAUUUAAAUAUUUAUUAAGAUUCAGAAGUGUUGUAAAGUUUCCCCAAAGUCUUCAUACUUUUUGUAUGAUUUUUGUAGUCUGAACUGAAUUUGUAUGUCAAGAAAUUGUGGUCAACAUGUAUGCUAACUUUCUGUUUGUUUGAUUUAAUAAAAUUAUUUAAAAUUCAUUUAAUUACAUUUUGUAGAUUGCUUAUUUGUGCUAUAAAUCAGAGCUGUAUAAACAAAGUGAGUCAAACUUGAGCACUGAAUUUGGAAUCUGAGGGUUUAUUUAAAAAAAGGACUGCAGUGGCAGGUAGAUGAGAAGAUGACGGGAAUGAUGCUUUACUGAGUCUGUCAAUACAUGUUAGUGCAUGUACUAAUUUGUAUCUAUUAAAAACUCUUGUGGCUCUACUUCUGUUUUCUCUACAUCUUUUCUUCUGAAGUUGAUGCCAUGUUAAGGGGAACAGUACACAUAGUCACAUAGUGUUACAGAUAAAUAUGCUGGCUAGGGGCUAAUGUUUGUGCAUUUUCUGUUCCAUGUGACAGUUUGAUCAGAAGUACCUGUAUUUGGGGGGCACAGGAAGUUGCCCUUGUCUGUCUGAAAUUAAGUUGUGCAUGUCUCAAAAAGUAUUUGACUCAGAGUCAUCAAACCUCACAGGAUUGUUAUUCAACAUGAGAAAUUGUGCACCUGGUGUUUCAAUUGGGAUCUCACACAGCCAGACUACAGUUAUGGCCCUUGACUUGGUCAAAACUAUGCAUAAAAAAAAGUUUGUGUCACAUGUAUUUCAAAAGGUACUUGACUCAGUAUUACGAAAUGUUACAGGAAUCUUAUUCAGCAUGUGAACUUGUGAAUCUGGUUUUUCUUUUAGAUAUAUCACUCAGCCAAACGACUUAGUAAAAAAAAUAUGCAUUAAAAAUGCAUCAGUGUUGCACAUACCUCAAAAAGGAUUUGACCUAGGGUCAUGAAACAUCAUAGGAAUAUUAUUCAGCAUGUGAAGUUGUGCAACUUGGAUUUUAUCCAAAUUUCUAUUAGGCAGAUGAGACAGUGUCCGACAAAUCAAUUGCCCGAAGCCCGCGGGCUACCAGAAAUUUUCAUCGGGCUACCAAAAAAAUACUGGCGGAAGCCCGCCGGGCAGCCAUAAAUUUGAAGCAUCAGUAGCCCGGUAAUUGUAUAUUUUACAAAACUCCCCAACAAAAUCAUCAACAUCCGGUCGUUUACUCGAUUGUAACUUGCAAUAAAUAACUUUCCAUGUGUACUGAUUAACGGGUCAUAAACCGUCCUAUUAGUUUAACCCCACCCAUUUAUCGAUAAUUUCAACGGUGGCUGCAGAAGCAGUCUCCGCCUACGAAUACAGGGUUCGCACAGGCCUUGAAAAGUCCUUGAAUUCGAUGGUAGUCCUUGAAAAUGACAAAACCCCUAAAAAACCUGGAAAAGUACUUGAAUUUUGAAAAAAAAACUCCUUGAAUUUGACCUUUCACUCCUUGAAAAUAUUCUUUCCGUAACUUUGCUUUGCAAAAAGAAUUUAAGGCUUAAAAUAAAUCGGAGAAAAUGAAAAUAAAUUCGUGAAAUUGCAGGAUCGGGUCACUCGUAUGCUGUUAUUGUGGUCUACGGCCACACUUUAUCGUUAUUUACAGAGUGCUAUUUCUACUGUAUCACCGUUUGCAUGUUUCCGUUUCCGUUUAAAAAAGUACAGGGAAUAAUAACUCGCAAUUUUUAGCUAUUUGCAAGUGUUUCCAAUGAAUUAAAAUGAGUAAGAAAAAUAAACAUGUUUACUCAGGUAAGCGGGAGACAAAAGACGAAUAUAAACAGUGGCUGAAGCCCUAUAGAGCAGACAGAACGAAGUGUAUUUGUACGUCGUGUGACAAAAUUUUGAGGUAUCAUUAGUAGGAGUGCGCUAAAAAAUCACAAGAAUAGUGAUAAACCUCAGCAAAAUAGUUAAUUACAUCAAUCUAAUAAUCGAAUUACGUCAUUUUCAAAGGUGUGACAAGUGAUGGUUGUUUUAUUUUUGCAUUACAUAAUAAAAGUUGUUCAGAUUAGGUCGUGGUUUUGAAAAAAAAUAGUGCUUGAAAAAUUGUAAAAGUCCUUGAAAAGUACUUGAAUUUUGUCUCUGAUAUUCUGUAUGAACCAUGGAAUAUCAAAUAUGCAAACUAUCGUGGACUGGUCUCUGCUCGACUAAUCAAAGUCGACCGAUUUAACGAUAGUUAAUUAUGACUGAUGUACCAGUCAAAAUCUCUAAAUUCAAUCGGAUCCUCUCGUACAUUACCGACGACUGACUAUGAUAGGUACCACGCUUUCACUGCUUCGACAUUUCAAAGGCUGGGAACCAGCAUAAAAUGAGUCAUUAGUAACAUGUCUGUCAGCAUGUGCGAAAAACACGUAAAAUAUAAAAACUGUCAAUUUACUACACGAGUCUUUUGUAUAAUGCCGAUUUCUUUGGUCAAUACCAUUUCAUGAUUAUGUGAACAUUUAACUAGAGAUUAUAGAAUGUUUAUAGAAUGUACAAGUACUCAAGUUGAUCUCAAUAUUGACACAGGUGGCAGUAUCAUUGAUUGGUCACCCCUUCCCCACCCUAAGACCCCUGAUACCACCCUGAAAAAAAUUCUGACAUUCUCAGAUGUUCCUUAAUAUUCCCGCUCUACAAAACCCCUGAUACAAUCCUGAAAAAAAAAUUCAACUAUCAAAACAGUAGUUUGAUAGUUGAAAAAAAAAAUUGCAGGGUUGUAUCAGGGGUCUUGUAGGGUGGGGAUAUUAAGGAACACCUGAGAAUGUCAGAAUUUUUUUCUGGGUUGUAUCAGGGGUCUUAGGGUGGGGAAGGGGUUACCAAUCAAUGAUACUGCCACCUGUGAAUAUUGACAGUGACUUGCAAUUUAAAUACAUUUUGUGAACAUCUAAUUAUUUGUGAUUACCGGUAUAGAAAGUAUAAAUACUCAAGUUGAUCUCAGUACUGACAGAAAUUUAUAAUUUUAAUAUUUUAAGACUUUUAAGUUGUAAACUAAGAGAUACUUGUGUAAAAAUGUUUCUUUAAUAAGAUGUUGUAUUAACUUCAACUUGUACCUCUAUAUUAUGAUUAAAGACAAUGAAAUGUU